CUGUUCCUGUUUCUGUUCCUGCUGCUUUUGCGUGGGAGACAACACAUCAUCUAGUCCCCGUGGAGCUUACAUAAAACACUUGGUUAAAAAGGGUUAAAACAUGCUGUCAGUCACUGUGGACAACAGUGGAUCUCCAAAGAAGCGGGCGUUCUCGCGUGGAAUCAGCGAGGAUGAAUCACUCCGUAGCUUCAUAAAGGAGGCUGAAAGCUCGUCCAGGCGUCUAACACGAAGCGACAGCCGAGCAGGAACCUUGAAGAGGAGGCCUGACAGCCAGUCUGAGCAGGACCUCUUCAUGGGACUUCCUGAAAUGCUGGAGCUACAGGCCAGCUAUGACGAGGCGCUGCACGAGUUGCGUGGGCUGGAGGUGGAGCGUGAGGCUCUGUUGUUCCAGGUGGACGUUUUGCAGGACACGUUGGAGGGUGUAGAGGAGCUGCUGGCCGAGGCCCAAAGGGAGGCUCGAGAUGCUCAUUUGGAGUUGGAGCGGGAACGGGAUGCAAAGAGGAAACUGGAGACUUUGGUCCGCUCUCUGAUGCAGAAAGUGGAAACAUUAAAAGAGGAAAGAAAUACCAAAGAGUCGGUGGAUGCAACGAGACCAGCACACCAAAUGAAUGGUAAUGCCAAUGACGACACCUCCCCGUGUGAAGCUGCACCAGCAUCCAAGACGGACGACGGAAAUGCGACGAUAAAGAUGAAGUGGGUGGCCAAUAGUGCCCCCUCCCUCGCACUGGACAACCCUGUCUCUGGUGACGGGGUGCAUCGGAGGCCUUACGAAAGCUACACCGAACGAGAUCCUUCUCCGGAUAAGAGCGACUCUGACACAGCGAGCACGUACGAAGACGCGUCUGCGGAGACUCCGGAGCAGGAGCGCAUGUUUCCGGGUGACACUGCGGAGCUGCCUCAUGACUCCACAACGCACCAGGUGACCAACAAAUGCAACACUGAUAGCACCGACUCCCACGAGGUCCAAAAUAGCGACAACUGCGUAGUGUCUUAAUUUAUCUGUUUGGAGAGUAGUUAGAAACCACACACUUUUUUUUUUUUUUUUUUUUUUUUUUUUAUAAACGGUCUCAUAGCAACAGAGCUCAGGUGGUUCACUUGCUCAGUGUUUUCCAACCUUUAAUGAGGUACAUAUUUUACAUUAGAAAAAUCUUUAGGGAAGCGAUAUGUUUUAUUAUUAGCAAAAGGGGGCUAGUCCGGAUGAACAAGGAUCAUUUGGGAUCUUUCAUGACAUUCUAAUGUGCAGCGGCAUUGUAGUUGGGAAUCACUGCACUAGCUAAUACAGUAAACCUCGGAUAUAUCGGAUUCAAUUGUUCCCACUGGUUUUGUCCGAUAUAAGCGAAAUCCGUUAUAUGCGUAUACCGGAAAAUGUCCGUUUUACGCAUAUAUAUCGGAUUUAUAUCCGGUAUAUGUGUAAAUCGUACUUUAUCCGUUAUAAAAAGGCACUUCCUUGACUAUGUUUCCAAUGUACCUGGACGCUGAAAACGCUGCAAAUGACGUCGUAAUGCGGCCUGUCACGAUUCGGCGAAUCGGAGCACCACGGUGCGGCCAUCCGAUACAUUCAUUCAUUCAUUCAUUCAUUUUCUACCGCUUUUUCCUCACGAGGGUCGCGGGGGGUGCUGGAGCCUAUCCCAGCUGUCUUCGGGCGAGAGGCGGGGUACACCCUGGACUGGUCGCCAGCCAAUCACAGGGCACAUAUAGACAAACAACCAUUCACACUCACAUUCAUACCUAUGGACAAUUUGGAGUGGCCAAUUAACCUAGCAUGUUUUUGGAAUGUGGGAACCGGAGUACCCGGAGAAAACCCACGCAUGCACGGGGAGAACAUGCAAACUCCACACAGAGAUGGCCGAGGGCGGGGACCGAACCCUGGUCUCCUAGCUGUGAGGUCUGCGCACUAACCACCAGACCGCCGUGCCGCCUCCAUCCGAUACAUGCGAGGGAAAUUUAAUGGAAAUGCAUUGGAACGGGACUGGAGAUUUUGUCCGAAAUAGGCGAAAUUCGUUAUAAAAAAAAAUCCGAUAUAUGCAAUGAAUUUUUAUUGGAAAUGGAAUUGGUGUUGUUAUUACCAACACUGUUACUUGGACCCCAUAUAUUACAUAUCUUGCUAAGAAGACUGCAAAGCGGCUCUAGUACAUCCUAAGUCGGUCAAGGGAUCUUCUCCUCUUCAAGGCCAGAGUUACCAUCUACAAGGCCUACAUUCGACCCCUCAUGGAGUAUGCAUCACCCAUUUGGAGUGGAGCUGGCAAUACUGCUCUCAGUAUUCUAUGCAGACUUCAGCGGAAGGCCUUGCGUCUUCUGAACAUUGAAGACCCAAUCAAUGCUGGUAUUUACCCCUUGGAGCUUAGAAGAGAUGUUGCUACUCUCUGCACAUUUUUACAGACAUUUCUUCUUCAAGCCAUCGUUGGAAAUUGGUUCGAUCAUCCCCCCGGUGUUUGCUAGUUUGAGGACAACAAGAUCCUCCUCUACUGCACAUUCAUACUGUGUAACUAUCCCCAGGUCUUGCACACAUCUUCACCAAUCCUCUUACGUACCAAGGGCAUGCCGUCUAUGGAACUCGCUGACACCUUUCCCACCUUACCAAAUAUGGAUAUAUUCAAGAAAAAUAUUAAUCAGCAUUUAGUUGCUAUUUUGACUUAAAAUAAUUAGUAUUAUUUCGGUCCUUAAAUGGAAAUUAACUUAAGCUUAGUGGACCGCUUUUCAUUAAUUCUCUGAUGGCAACACCGGGUCCCAUAGUUAUUGUAAUAAAAAAAAAAAAAAAAUUACAGAAAAAUCGGUUCUUUUUUUAUCUGUCCGUUGUGAGCGAAUUUCCGAUAUAUCCGAGGUUUACUGUAUGA